AUGUUUUUCAUCAAAGAUUUAUCGCUUAAUAUUACCUUACAUCCCUCAUAUUUCGGUCCACGAAUGAAACAAUUUCUAAAAAGUAAAUUGCUUCAGGAAGUUGAAGGUUCAUGUACAGGUAAAUUUGGUUAUAUAUUAUGUGUCCUAGAUUAUGACAAGAUAGAGAUUGAACGUGGUAGAAUAUUACCAACCGACGGUUCUGCAGAAUUCACAGUCAAAUACAGAGCUGUAGUAUUCAAACCGUUUAAAGGUGAGGUGGUCGACGGUACUGUUGUAUCAUGUUCACAACAUGGUUUUGAAGUUCAAGUUGGACCUAUGAAGGUCUUUGUAACAAAACAUUUAAUGCCUCAGGAUCUUCAAUUCAAUGCAGGUUCUAACCCACCUUCUUAUCAAAACUCUGAGGAUGUUAUAACAAUUAAGAGUAGAAUUAGAGUAAAAAUUGAAGGUUGUAUCAGUCAAGUCAGCUCCAUCCACGCAAUUGGUAGUAUUAAGGAAGAUUAUUUAGGUGCUAUUUAG